CCUUUCUCUUCAGGCCCAGCCCCUUCACCCUAAUUGUUUUGAUUAUUUCACUUUCUCUCUCUGUAUUGUCCAUGGUCUUUCCCUCCCUAUCUCCCUCCUUCUCAUAAGGUGAGAUAUUAAAACAUGCCAGUUGUAGCAACACUGGAGUUUGGGCUAGUAGUAGAAACAGCCUUUGUUAACUUUUGCCAGGGUCUGGAAUGGAGUUGGUUUUAUGUCAGACUUGGGCCUGAUUCAGAUAGAGGUGGGUGCUGGGGUGAGCAUAGUAUUACCUCUAGCGAGGGAGAGGACCCUCCUCUCUGCAGCAGCUCUUUGGCCAGCUUCUCUGUCCCCUGCUGCCUCGUAUACCUGUCAUCCUUUCUGCAUUGACAGUCAUCAGGCAUUGCUCUGUGAUGCCCUGGGAAUGGGAGUGGAACUCGCCUUAAUUUGUCUUUUUCCUAGAUUCACAUAUGAAGAUUACCAGAAAACAGCAGAAUGGCUUCUGUCCCGCACCACGCACCGACCUCAAGUGGCAGUGAUUUGUGGUUCUGGGUUAGGAGGUCUGGCUGAGAAAGUAACCCAGGCCCAGAGCUUUGACUACAGUGACAUACCUAACUUUCCCCUAAGUACAGUUCCAGGACAUGCUGGCCGACUGGUGUUUGGGCUCCUGAAUGGCAAAGCCUGUGUGGUGAUGCAGGGCAGAUUCCACUUGUAUGAAGGCUACUCAGUCUGGAAGGUCACCUUCCCAGUGAGAGUCUUCCGGCUCCUGGGUGUGGAUACCCUAGUGGUCACCAAUGCAGCUGGAGGGCUCAACCCCAAAUUUGAGGUCGGAGAUAUCAUGGUGCUCCGUGACCAUAUCAACCUGCCUGGUUUCUCUGGUCAGAAUCCCCUUAGAGGCCCCAAUGAGGACAGGUUUGGAGUUCGUUUCCCCGCCAUGUCUGAUGCUUAUGACCGGCAACUGAGGAAGAUGGCUCACAUUACCUGGAAACAAAUGGGGGAGCAGCGAGAACUACAGGAAGGCACCUAUGUGAUGUUGGUGGGCCCCAACUUUGAGACUGUGGCAGAGUCUCGUCUGCUGCGGCAGCUGGGGGCAGAUGCUGUUGGCAUGAGCACAGUACCAGAAGUUAUAGUUGCACGUCACUGUGGGCUUCGAGUCUUUGGCUUCUCUCUCAUCACUAACAUGGUUGUCAUGAGUUAUGACAGGCUGGAAAAGGCCAAUCACGAGGAAGUACUAGAGGCUGGAAAACAAGCUGCAAAGAAACUGGAACAGUUUGUCUCCACUCUUAUGUCUUGCAUUCCGCCCCCUUGCAAUGCCAGUUAAUCAGCCUCAGAUUGGUCUGGCCUCUGCCUUAUGGGAUCUGAGAAGCUGUUACCUACUUUGGCCCCUGGUUGGGGUCACUUGUCUUGCCCUAUCCUUUACUCUUGCCCUUAGGUAGUAACAGAUAGGAGAGGAGGAUUCCUAUCUUUUAUUUUCCCCAACUUCUGAUGCCAAGUUCAAUUUUUUGCUCAGUUAUUCUCUGAAAGCAGUUUCCAUCCCCGUUCUUCCCGAGGCCAGAGCCCACGCCCUACCACUCAUCCGUGCUUAUGCCCAGGAUUUCACUUGAGUCUUUGAACUCGGCACACUAGCUACUGCUAACUUUUUGAGAUAAUGCUUUCACAUUCCCGGGGUUUGAGUUCUGGUACCCCCAUAGCACCAGAGACCACACAAGGACAAGCUCAAUGCCUCUUUUAAUUUUUAACACCAUCAUGUUUUGAGAAUAAAGAGAAAGAUGUAUCAUUCCUUCAUUUUUGUGCAACUUGGUGAAGCUGGGAACACAGGCCAAGACUGACAGGAAACUCCUAUGUGACUUUAUCUGCUUCUCAGACAAGUAGCUAAGGCCUUAUGUGAAUUAGGUAUAUGAAGUCAGGAAAGGCAAAACGAUGAAAACUUAGGGAAAGAUAAUGAGAAGGAAGAAAGGUCUAACUUCUGGCACAUGAUGUCACCACUUCCCUCACCCUAGUCUUACCUCUGUCUCUUGCCUUCUGAUGGUUUCACUGCCUGUUUCCUCUCAUGAAUUAGUUCACUGAUCUCAGCUUCUUCUCCUUAGUUGACACUUCUUUGUUAAGGCCCUAACUGCACUUUGUCUUGCUUUCCUUCUCUCCUCUAACUUCUGCCAUAGUUGGUGGCAACCAUACUCCGCUCUUUUCUGACAAUGCAGUGACGAAUCCCCCUUUCUAUGCUGCCAACCACCCCACUGCUGAUUAGAUUCCUGUCAGCCCCUGGCCGACCUGUGAGGUUGGUUCAUACCCAUUUCUUCUCUUUAAGCACCUCUUGCCCUCCCUCUGCUUCUUUCUAGCAGCAACCUUUCUCUUCCUUUUUGCUUGGUCAGAACCUCCCGGUGAUGCUGCGUCCAGACAUUGCCCUUUGUUGGCUCACUGCCCCAUUUUUGCUUAUCAGCUUGCAUUCAACUGGCUGGCGUGUUUGAAAACAGUCUACCACACUACCCUCCCAGGCCUACUUACCUCUUAAGAAACGACAGUGCUGGAUAAGUCUCUAAUAGUGGUGACGUUUCAGUUAUUGGUGGUAUAAUAUGAAGAAAGUAUUUUGGACAGGGAGACUUUGAGAACUCUUUCAUAUCACCCUUUGUUUGGUAACUGGACAAAUUAAGAAAUCCUGAAGUGGCCCUGUCACCACUCCUCCCUUGGUCUGUUAUUUGUACCUCCACUUGCCUUCCAGGACCUGUAGGCAGUCUGCUAGCAUCUGUUAAUUGUCUCAGAGCUGGCUGCCUGUAAGAACUGGCUCAGAGGGAAGUACUGCAUAUCCUUUAGGUAUAUACAGGAGCUUCCUAGGUAUAUACACAACUAUAAUUUAUUCAUCUAAUGGGAUGGUUUAUAGACAUUUCUGUUUAAUCAGUUAUUGAACAUCUCUUUGUAUAAGGCUCUUGCCUAAGCAAAUGAUAAAAUGAGUGAAUGUAAGGAAGGUGUUUUUUCUCCCAAGUGCCCUCAAAUCUUAAGGAAGACACGUUUGUAAAGCCGUUAAUCGUUACAUACCAGUUACCAGUUGCCAUCAAUUCUGACUCAUGGUGACCCCAUGUGUGACAGAAUAGAACUGUGCCCCAUAGGGUUUCAACGGCAGUGAUCUUUGAGAAGUAGAUGGCCAGGCCUCUCUUCUGAGGUAACUCUGGGUGGAUUUGAACCACCAAUCUCUCAGUUAGUAGCAGAGUGCUUAACUGUUUGUACCACCCAGAGACUCCAAUUUUUAUCUAAGGCAGUAUAAAACAGAUACCACUACAUACUGUGGGAGCCCAAAGUAGUGACUGAUUGUAUACACUGGGCAGUGAGGAUUGAGUUGAUUAGAGAAAGUUUCUCAGAAAACUUUGAGCUUAGUCUUGAAGCAUGAGAAGGGAGGAAGAGAAUUUUAUACCAGGGUGAGCUAAGUGCAGAACUUUGAAAAGUACUAGGCAUACUCUUGGAUCAUUGCCAUAACUGGUGUAACUAGAACAGAGGACAGUAAGGGCUCUUAAGAGACACGGUUAGAAAGGUAUUUGGAGGCUGGAAGAGGGCUGCAUUUGGUCCUUGGCUUUCCCACCCCUGCUCUGCCUCUUAUUGAGAUAAAUGGUGCCACCUGAACAAUACGUCCCGGAGAGACUUGAGUGGAAUAUUUUGGGACACUUCUAAUUUUUGAAACUUAGUAAAUUGGUAACCUGUAGAGAAUUCCAUGUGUUUCCUGAUAGAAUACUAGAUUCAAGAAAAAAUUAUACAUUUGAUAUCCUAGUCCCCAGAGUUUCUAAUUCUUCAGUUCUAAGUUAAGCUUAGGAAACCCUCUGAGGCAGUUCUGCCGUGUCCUGUACGGUUGCUAGGAGUCGGAAUCAACUGGACUACAUACAACAACAACAGAAUCGUAGGACUUAGCUACUUUAUGCAAGUGUUUAUUACCAUAUUUAUGUAAGGGCAUUAAAAAUAUUUUAUGGUAACAAACAAAUUAGGUUCUUCCUAGUGCAAACUAAGUGGUGUGACAAUAAAAAGUAGUUACAGACAAGUAAUGGAUAUUUAAUUCUAGGUAGUAAGUAUUCUAAGUGAAUGAACUAGAAUUCUUGUUUGGAAAGGGUAUGGGCUGGGGAGAGAAAGCAUGCAGACAUAAAGUGUUUUCAGUUCAGUGUAUCAACUGUCUUCAAUGUCAGCGUGCCAACCAACUCAGCCAAAAGUGAAUGCAUCAGUUUGGGAGAGCAUAGAAAUAGAGGCACAAAGUCAAGGGAAAGAAACAUCUGGGAGGGCCACCAAGAGAAAGUAAUUUCUUGAAAACAUUGGUGAUGAGACCGCUCCUUUCUAGUGGGGCCUGCAGGAUACCUGCAAACAAGAACUAGAUUUUGCUGAGUCUCCUGGUAGGUGUCAAAACACACACACUCCAUCAAGUCAGGCUUUCUUCCCUGACCCUAAUAUGAUGUUAUAUGUUGUAUGUAUAUAAUGUUGAUUAACAUUAAUAAAUGUUUGUUAAUAAUGUGGUAGUAUAAUCCUGUGAUAGUAUACCGUUUUAAGGUUAUAGGUCUUUGAUUAUGGAACGCUGUGCUAAAAGCCAUACUUGAAAUUGAUAUAAGACAAAGUGCUUGCAAUCUAGAUGGGAGACAGGAUAAAUAAUGAGGCUGAGUUAGUCAUGCCCUCUAUGCCUAGCUUUUAGUCUUUUCGUAGGUUAUAUUGUCAUUGUUUAGAAGUCGGCUUCUUCCACUGCAAUGUGAGGGAGUAGGACUAAAUUUUUUAAAAAGGAAUAACAGCAAAAGUAGCAUAUGCUAAGUGCUAAAUGAUGGCAUGUUCUACUGGAGUUCAGAGAAGAGAACCAA